UCCUAUUUAUUUUUUUCAAUUACUUUCACAACAGGCUCUACCAUUCUACCCCUUCUCCUGCUCUCCAAGAGACGAGAGGCGCCCCUGCAGUGUCAUCAGUCAGGCAGCCAUGCGAGGCCAGCGUGUGGUGGAGAGCAAGUGCAGGUGCUGGAACCCAGCCGUCUGGCUCCUGCUGUCCCUGCUGGCGUCCCUCGUCUUGGUGGCCGUCUCUGUGCUGCUGCGACUCGGAGACUUGAAAAUAAACAGACGGGCUGUAAACACCGAUGGCGUGCAAACCCCCGUGAGGAUGCCGUACCAGGUACAACUAGUGAAUGGACGUAGCCGGUGUGAGGGUAGAGUGGAGGUGUUCUACAAUAACUCAUGGGGCACUGUCUGUGACGACGACUGGGAUAUGGUGGACGCCAACGUGGUUUGCCAGCAGCUGAGCUGCGGAGUGGCGGCGGCGGUGGGCAGCAGCUCUCAGUUCGGACAAGGCUCAGGGCUCAUCCUACUGGAUAAUGUGGACUGCAGAGGGAGUGAAGCAGACCUCAGCCAGUGCCGUAGUCUGGGCUGGGGCGUCCACAACUGUUACCACUACGAGGACGUGGCCGUUACGUGCAGAGAACCGGCGGUGGUGGGGGCGAAAGGUUUUGAGCAUCGCACGACGCCUCUGCAGGGGAACUUGGGUUUACGAGACGGCACUAUCCGUCUGGUGAAUGGACAGAACGCCUGCCAGGGCCGUGUAGAGGUCUACUACCAGGGGGCCUGGGGGACAGUGUGUGAUGACGACUGGUCCCUCAACAAUGCCCGGGUGGUCUGCCAACAGAUCGGCUGCGGCAGUGCCGUCCAAGCACACACCAACUCCUACUUUGGCUAUGGAACGGGUCGAAUUAUCCUGGACAAUGUUAACUGCCAAGGCACGGAGCAGGACCUGUCCAGGUGCAAAAGCCUGGAUUGGGGCAAACACAACUGUGGCCACCACGAGGACGCUGGGGUUACCUGCACCGGAUCCACCACUGUACCUCCUUUGGCAACCGAAAACAAGAGAGGGCUUUUGGUAACAUAUGACACUGAAGCAACAGAAAACAUUCCAGUCACCACAAGACCAACUCCAACGACUGUUACCACAACUGCCCUGACCAAAGGCACACCAACCGUCCGUGUGAUGAACGGUAACAGCAGCUGCCAGGGCCGCGUGGAGGUCCUCUACAAAGAUAUUUGGGGAACGGUGUGCGACGAUGACUGGGACAUGCUCAACGCCAAAGUGGUGUGCCGUGAGCUGGGCUGUGGCCAAGCCAUCGCGUUCAAGGGCCAGGCCUACUUCGGCUAUGGUUCUGGUCCGAUCCUGCUGGACAACGUGGAUUGCGUCGGUUCUGAGCGGCAGCUGUCCGACUGUCGCCACCUGGGCUGGGGUCAGCAAAACUGCGGCCAUCACGAGGAUGUCGGAGUUAUCUGUGCACCUUUCGAAUUCUUGAAUGCAAAUAGCCGUGACUUCCAAGUGACAGAAGGCAUGCCUGCCACCACAAAGCCUCCCUCUGAAGGAAUGGUGAGACUGGUGGGGGGCCAGCACCAAUGCGAGGGUCGGGUGGAGAUGUACUCAAAUUCUGGAUGGGGCACGGUGUGCGACGAUGCCUGGGACCUCCCCGACGCUCGAGUCGUGUGCCGCCAGCUGGGCUGUGGCGAGGCCGCGGUGGCGAGGCCGGAGGCGUUCUUCGGUCCCGGCUCGGGGACGAUCCUGCUGGACAAUCUCAAGUGCAGCGGCACUGAGGCCUCCCUGCAGGAGUGCUCCCAUAUAUCCUGGAAUGUGCACAACUGUGACCACUCUGAAGAUGCUGGCGUCACCUGCUCGCUGUCGUGAUUUCAGCAGAGCCAGGCUCUCGUCUCCAGGAGCAGGAGGCGGGCGUACCAACCUGGCACUUGUAUAUUAUUAUGUAAAUAACAGCUUCCACAUUGCACCACCAACAUGCAAAAUAACUAAGGUGACGAUAUAUAAUUACGUACUAAACUAUCUAUGCCUAUUAAGCACUUUAUAAAUAAAUAUAUUUGAAAAACAAAACUCUCAACUAUCCGACUCACUCUUAAUCGACCCGAGAUGUUUAAAGGUUUACUGUAAAUGUGAUUUGUUGAUGAUUAGCUGAACACAAGUGGAAGUCUGUUAUUAAUUAUGUGGAUGGAAGAGGAGAGGUUUGUAAACUUUAGUUCCAAAAUUAAGCAAAUAUGUAAAAUAAAAAAAGAAAUGAACCACAAAUAAACAAGCAAAUGAUAUACUACUACUGGAAUGAGAGAAGAAACAUCCCCAAAUAAACGUGUCAUAUGUCGAGCAACU